UCUUUUGGAGGUUAAACACUUGGAGAGGAAAAUGACAUCGAUUAUCAAGUUGACAACACUUUCAGGGGUGCAGGAGGAGUCUGCCCUUUGCUAUCUGUUGCAAGUAGAUGAAUUUCGUUUUCUUUUGGACUGUGGCUGGGAUGAGAACUUUUCUAUGGAUAUUAUUGAUUCUCUGAGGAAACAUGUACACCAGGUUGAUGCUGUUCUUCUUUCUCAUCCUGACCCUCUACAUCUUGGUGCUCUUCCAUAUGCAGUUGGAAAAAUGGGAUUGAAUUGUGCUAUUUAUGCAACUAUUCCUGUAUAUAAGAUGGGACAGAUGUUUAUGUACGAUCUCUACCAGUCCCGCCAUAAUACCGAAGAUUUCACACUCUUUACGUUGGAUGAUGUAGAUGCAGCCUUUGAUAAGAUACAACAGCUGAAGUUUUCUCAGAUUGUGAAUUUGAAAGGCAAAGGACAUGGUUUGUCAAUCACACCGUUGCCAGCUGGCCACAUGAUAGGGGGCACAAUUUGGAAGAUUGUCAAGGAUGGAGAGGAAGAAAUUGUUUAUGCAGUUGAUUUCAACCACAAGAGGGAGAUCCAUCUGAAUGGAUGUUCCUUGGAAAUGUUGAGCAGGCCUUCAUUGCUUAUUACAGAUUCAUUUAAUGCUACUUAUGUACAACCCAGGAGGAAGCAAAGGGAUGAACAGCUACUGACUAAUGUUUUGGAGACAUUACGAGGGGAUGGAAAUGUGUUAAUAGCAGUGGAUACAGCAGGCAGAGUUCUGGAACUUGCUCAACUUCUCGAUCAGAUCUGGAGAACGAAAGAUGCAGGAUUAGGAGUCUACUCUCUAGCACUUUUGAAUAACGUCAGCUACAAUGUAGUGGAGUUCUCUAAAUCACAGGUUGAAUGGAUGAGUGACAAGUUGAUGAGGUGCUUUGAGGACAAGAGAAACAAUCCUUUUCAGUUCCGCCAUCUCUCCUUGUGUCAUAGUCUGUCUGAUCUGGCCCGAGUGCCUAGUCCAAAAGUUGUUCUUGCCAGUCAACCUGACUUAGAGUGUGGAUUUUCUCGAGAUCUUUUCAUUCAGUGGUGCCAGGAUUCAAAAAACUCUAUAAUUUUAACUUAUCGCACUACUCCUGGAACAUUAGCACGAUUCCUGAUUGAUAAUCCUUCUGAAAAAGUUAUAGAUAUUGAGUUGAGAAAACGUGUCAAGUUGGAAGGAAAGGAACUUGAAGAAUACCUGGAAAAGGAGAAACUAAAGAAAGAAGCAGCUAAGAAGUUAGAACAGUCUAAAGAGGCAGAUAUUGAUUCCAGUGAUGAGAGUGAUGCUGAAGAAGAUAUUGAUCAGCCAACUGUACAUAAGACCAAACAUGAUUUGAUGAUGAAAGGUGAAGGUAGCCGGAAAGGGAGCUUCUUCAAACAGGCAAAGAAAUCUUAUCCAAUGUUUCCAGCCCCUGAAGAAAGAAUUAAAUGGGAUGAAUAUGGCGAGAUUAUCAAACCUGAGGAUUUUCUAGUUCCAGAACUUCAAGCAACAGAAGAAGAAAAAAGCAAAUUAGAAUCUGGUUUGACAAAUGGAGAAGAGCCUAUGGACCAGGAUUUGUCAGACGUUCCUACCAAAUGUAUUUCUGCAACAGAAUCCAUGGAAAUUAAAGCCAGAGUUACAUACAUUGACUAUGAAGGACGCUCAGAUGGGGACUCAAUUAAAAAAAUAAUUAACCAAAUGAAACCAAGACAACUGGUCAUUGUCCAUGGACCACCUGAGGCCAGUCAGGACCUUGCAGAAUGUUGCAGAGCUUUUGGUGGAAAAGAUAUUAAAGUUUACAUGCCAAAACUGCAUGAAACUGUAGAUGCAACCAGCGAAACUCACAUUUACCAGGUCAGGUUAAAAGAUUCUCUUGUCAGCUCCCUUCAGUUCUGCAAAGCCAAGGAUGCUGAGCUGGCUUGGAUAGAUGGUGUUCUGGACAUGCGGGUUUCAAAAGUGGAUACUGGAGUUAUUUUGGAAGAGGGGGAGCUGAGGGAAGAUGAAGAUUCAGAGAUGCAAGUGGAUGUGCCUUCUUCAGACUCCAGUGUCAUUGCACAGCAGAAGGCCAUGAAAAGUCUCUUCGGUGACGAUGACAAGGAGAUAUGUGAGGAGAGCGAGAUCAUUCCUACUUUGGAACCUCUGCCACCUCAUGAGGUUCUUGGACAUCAGUCUGUGUUUAUGAAUGAGCCGAGGCUGUCUGACUUCAAGCAAGUUCUCCUGCGUGAAGGUAUACAAGCUGAAUUUGUAGGAGGAGUGCUUGUGUGCAACAACCUGGUGGCUGUUCGCAGGACUGAAACAGGGCGCAUUGGAUUGGAAGGCUGUCUCUGUCAGGACUUCUAUAGGAUAAGAGACCUUUUAUACGAGCAAUACGCUAUUGUCUAAGGAAAGUGCUGCAAAGGUGUUUUUACUUGAACUUAUAAAGACAAUGGAGAUUUCUCCCAGUUUUGACUUUUUGUAGUUUUCUAAUUUAUACCGGGGAAACCUAAUUCAUAAAGAACCAUUAACUACCCUGAACAUGUAAAUAACUGCUACUGUUGUUCUUCAUAAAUCUGUUGGUACAUUCCAUGUUGUUGACUUUCAAACUGUUACAACUUGCCAUCUCCCACAUAACACAUCAUAAAUGACUUUAUGAUAAUGAACCCUGCUCAGGAAAGGUUCAGUUUGUCAUGACAUGUUUUGGUUUCAUAGAUUCCCUGCCAAAGAGUGCAAAAUAUAUAAAAGUCAUUCUUCUGUUAUAAAAUAAGAUUAGAUAGGGAGCU